GGAAAAUUCGGAACAUCCAACCAGUGACCAGUGGCGGAAAAUCGUAGCAUCAAAAUGAAGCUUUUGGAAAGGGCGCUGCUGUUAACACUGCUGGCAGUGCUUGUGAGGUGCGACGGUCAGCAAAAGCAGCAGCAGCAGCAACAAAUCACAGAUAAUGGCAGUGCUACCAGCUCGGAUGGUUCCGGUAAGGCAGCGACAGGUGGGAGCAGUGCGGCAGCCGGUGACAGACCCCAGUACAACAAACGGGGUGCACCGGAAAUUCAAACCAUUGUGGGAACACCCCAGCAUGGCUACAUAAACCAGCCGGUGGUUGCCGGUGGGGCAGCUGCCACCGGAACACCCUCGAUUGCCGCCCUGGGACCGGCAGCCGCGGUAGCAUACGCGACCUACGCCCAUCCCCAGCACCAGCAGCAGCUAGUGCAAGCUUCCAGCAUAAGCUCACCUCAGACCAUCUACCACAAAAUCAACUACGUGGCCCCGGGAAGUACCCUGAAGGUGGCCACUUACGCCGCAGCGGCCCCAGCUCAUUACGAGUACGCAGCGGCCGUCCCGGGACUGACCAAGUACCAAUACGCCGCGGCCGCAGCCUACCCCCAGUACCAGUACGCUGCCUAUCCGCAGCAACAUCAAAUCCAACACCAGCAACAUCAACAGCAGCAGCAACCCCAAUACCAGGUGUACCAGCACCACCAAACGGUGCAGUUGCCGGCGGCCUCCGCAAUCAUCAGUACGGCGCCCCACCCCCACCAGACCGUGGCCACGCUGCCUGCCCACCAGAUCCAACCCGGAACGACGAUUUAUGCGGCCCAUCAACCGGCGGCCUUCCACUACACCCUGACGCAACCCGCCCAGCAUCAACAGCAGCAUAAUUAUCAACAGCAGCAAUCUGCUGGACAUUCGGGAACCUUUACGUACCACCAGGCCGUUCCGGUGGUCCAUCAGGCGCCGAUUGCGGCCAUCGGACAGGUGCACCAUCACCAACAGCAGCAGCAGCAGCAGCAGGUCGUGGCUAAUCAGUAUCCUGUGGUUCCGACGGCCGCAGCUCCCCUCUACGCAACCGCUUCGACGUCCCCGAACCAAUUCUACCACCAGCCGACCAAUUAUGCUGCCUAUCCGGUUCCGCUGGCAGCCAAACAGAUUGUGUCCACCGUUCCGGCACCGACCCUCGCCACCCCCGCCCAUCACCAGCAUCAUCUCAAGCAGUUAAUCCCGGUGACGACCGCCACGACCACCCACCACCACGGCAAGGGGAUCAGCUAUGCCACCUUCACCCAGCAGGCGAAUCCGGCCAGCUUGGGCCACCUCCAGCAGCACUACCUCCAACAGCAGCAACACCAGCAACAACAACAGCAGCAGCAACAACACCAACCACGCUACCAGGUCUACUCGACGGUGGCCACGCCGCAGAAACAGACCCUGGUGUACGGUCCAGCUGGGCAGUCGUCGAUUCCGGCGGCCAUUUACGCCACGGCACCGACGCACCUGCAGCUGGCGGCCUUUCAACAACAUCAACAACAGCAGCAGCAGCAGCAGCAUCAGUCGGUUCACUACGGAACGCACCUGUUCCAGCAACAGUUGGCCCAGUAUCAGCAACAGCCAGCGUACGUGGCGCCCCUGGCCAAGAUCAACUAUGGCCAGGUUCAGGCCCAGGCGGUGGCGCUGCAGAAGGGUGGUGGCUACUACCAUCAGGUGCAGUAGAAGGUGCAGGUUUCGGUCCAAGUUGAAAGAUCGUUGAAAAAAAAGCUCCUUGUUUGGUGGUUUUUACCCUUUGUUCAUUCAUUUCAACCCUGUCCUCUGUUGUUUCAUAUUUAUUAGUUUUUAUUUAAGUUAAGUUUUAAUGUGAAGAAGUUGUUAAAAGUAUUCAAAAAAUA